AUGUCUUUAGAAAAAAAAGAUAAUUUUCUUCUUCUUAAUGAAGAAAAAAAAAUACCUAUCCACACUCCAACUCCAAGAAAGAAACACCGAUUAAUUGAAGAUGACAUUGAUUCAGAAGAAGAAGGAGGUGAUGAUGAAAGUACAUCGUCAUCAUCAAGUGAAGAUGAGAUACAAAAAAAGAAAAAAAAGAAAAGGAUUGCGAUACAAAAUGAAAUAAAUAAAAUGAAAAUGGAUAUAAUUGAAGAACAUAAUAAAAUUGAAAAAGAAGAACCGAUAGGAGGAAUAAUAAUAAAUAAUGUUAUGAAUAACAAAAAUGAAGGGAUAAAUGAAAAAAGGAAAAUCAAUAUUCCAAUGAAUGUUCAUAACUACAAAGGAAAAGAAGAUGAAAUAAACAAAUUUCUUAGACAACAACAAAAAAAAUUUGAUCAAAUGAGAUUAAAUACACCAGAUUUAACAAGUAAAAUAAAUGAAAGAAUUAAAACAAAUAAAAAUAUAAAUAAUAAUAAAAUUGAUGAAGAAUUAAAUGAUUAUUUCCCACCAUGUGAAAAAGUUAUUGAAAUUGGAAAUAAUGAAAGUAUUUGGAAUUCAAAUGAUCAAAUAAAUGUUAUUGGAGAACGUAUAAAUAAAACGGUUUGGAAUAUUCAACAAUUAAAAAAUUAUUGUAUUCAAUGUAAAAACUCAAAUAGUAAAAUAGAAAAUCAUUUUCUUUGGAUAGAUAUUUCAAAUCCAAGUAAAGAAGUAAUGGUUGCAAUAGGAUUAUUAUUUCAUUUACAUUUUUUAUCAUUACAAAGAUGGUUAGAUGAAGAUCAAAGAGAGGCUGUAUUAAUAUAUCCACAAUAUUAUGAAAUAUUAAUAAAAAAUGUUGAAUAUCAACCUUUAACUGAUUUGUUAAAAAUUAAAAAUACUAGAAUUACUAUUAAAAAGAAAAUUAUUAUUACUUUUCAUCAAAAACAUGAUAGAGUAUUUGAUAUUGUUAAAGUUCAAAACGUUAAUCCUAAAGAAUGUAAUCCUGAACUUGUUUUAUUUGAAAUUCUUCAUCAAUCUAUUAUGCAAUUUGCUGAUUGGGUUAGAAUUAUUAAUGAUGAAACUGAAAUACAACAAAAUAUGCAAUUUCAUGUUUUAAAAAAAGAACAAUUAGGUUUUAUUGCAAGAAGUGAUAUUUUAGAAAAGAAAAUUGAUACAAUUCUGAGUUGUUUACAAUCUAAAAAAACUAUGUUAAAAUUUCUUAUUCGUUCAAGUCAUAAAAAUACUUUUAAAAUGAUUAAAGAUAGCUUUGAAGUUAUGCUUAGAGAUGCUUAUUAUGAUUUUGGAAGUGUUUAUCAACGUUUUAAAAUUAUUAAAGAAUUAAAUACUUUUAGUUUUGGACUAUAUAAUGUUCGACUAACAAUAGAAUCUACUCGUACUGAUAGAGAAACUAGUAAAUAUAUUCAGGUUUUCAAUUUUAUUUCUUUAAUAUUCUUUCCAAUUACUUUUGUUGUUAAUACAUUUGGUUGUAAUAUACGUGUACCUUGGCAAACAGAUUUAGUUGAUGAAAGAGAUUCUCGUUAUUUCUUUUUAGUAAUGGUAAUUUGUUUAAUAGUUUUAGUUUUACAACAAAUUGUAUUCAAAAAAUUAAAAUGGUAUUAA